AUGUCAUUCCAUCGCAAUACCGUACGUACCCGAUCGAUUAGUACUGGUCCACAUCAAUCAUCUCGAUUCUAUUCCAACGAAUCUGAGAGCGAUGACUCGUCUCGAAUUGAUUACAUUCCAAGUAUUCUACCCGAAAUAGCAAAAAUCGUACGAAAAUUAUUACCACAAGAAACUCCAUUACACGUGCAUGUACGAAAUGUCGAAUAUAUUGAAAAUGGAUGUCAACGGUUAAAUGGCACAUUGUAUAUGACAAUAUUUCGUUUGAUAUUUGCACCUGACAAUGAUAUAGAUAGUAAUAAUCUUAUUGCAUCAGGAAAUAGAUACAUAGGCGAAUAUGAUAUCCCAUUAGCAUCUAUCUAUAGAAUUAUCGUUGCACCUGUUGAUUCUAGAUCGGGUUUUCGAUCGUUUCUAAAUGAAAAUCAGAUUCAAUCGGAAACUCGUUCGUUCACAAUCAUCACUCGAGACUUCCGAAACUUAACAUUCUCAAAAUGUUCAGUAACAAAAUCGAAUUCUCUGGGAAGUAAACAGCAAACAUCUACAUCACAAAUGGAAAAGUACAUCAGUUCGUUACAAAUUCAAUAUCGUUGUCAACAUAAAGAACAAUUAUAUCUCUUCCAUCUGAUACAAAAACCUCCAGCGAAUAAUUUAAAUUCUCGACACCCACGUAGCCGUGCAUUGUCACCAAUAACAUCUUCGUCAAGUGGUCGAUCCGCCGAUGAUGAGAUCGCUGACUUUUGUUUGAGCAACGAUGAACGUAUAAAAAGCUAUAUGACCUAUCAAGAUUGGAAUGAUGAAUUGUACGAGGCGAAUGAAAGACAGUGGGUGGUUAACCACGCCAAAUUUGAUAAAUCAUAUAUCGCGCGAACUGAAGGACCAUAUGUUCGUUUGACAACUCUAAAUGAACGAGAGAAUCUCGACGAAUUGAUUUGGCAUUGGACUCAUACACCUGACGCGUCAGUCGAUCAUCGUCAGCAAUACAAUAGAGAACAAAUGCAAUAUAUGCUUAUCACUAUACCCGAUAUAGGCGAGAUCACCGUUGCUGGAGAUCCUUUUCGCCGAAAUGACACGGAUGCUAGUUUAACUUACUCGCAUCACUAUAUACAUGAGAGAACAUUUCAUCGAUAUAACUUAGCAAAAUUUCCGUGCAAUUUAAAACGCUUGCAAACUACUUAUGAGAAACUACUCGAAAUAUGUACGAUGUCUUGUGACGAUGAUGAUGAAAAAUGGCUAACUAAACUUCAAGCAUGCAAAUGGUUGAAAUACGUUUCGAAAACAUUGCACGGCGCUGCUUCACUUGCUAAAUUGUUAAAUUGUAAACAUAUUGAGCUGGCAGGAAGUGACACAGAUAAUAAUUGUUUGAUGGCAUCAUUAAUUCAAAUAUUUCUUCGACCGCAUUGUCGAACGAUCAAAGGUUUUUGUGAGUUAAUUGUUCGCGAAUGGAUCGUUCGUGGUCAUCCAUUUCGGGAACGCUUUGGUCAAGUGUUGUCUGAUGUGUACGGUUCACCGGCACAAGAAGCACCAGUGUUCCUUCUCUUUCUCGAUUGUGUAUAUCAACUAAUCAAUCAGAAUCCAUUUGCAUUCGAAUUCACUGAAUACCUUUUACUCGAACUCUAUCACAAUGUUUGCUAUUGCUACCAACAUACCUUCGCUUUAAAUUCAGUUCUCGAACGUCUCGAUGCAAUCAGCAAUUGUCCAAAAUCGCGUUUGAUUCUCUCCGCGUUUGAUUUUUCACUAUAUCUGCUUCCUGAUAUUGUUCGUCUGUUGAAAAAUCAUGCAGCAUUGAUUAUUCCUCCAAGAUCGGCUACUUCCAUAUCACAUACGAGAAGUAAGUCAUCCACUGAACACUCACCAGGUCGUUUUGUCUACCGUCUUGAAAAACCUAAACCACCGAAUUACGUUCGUCAAAAUUCAUUGCCAUCACCAAUGUUGGAUUCCGAAUACUAUGAAUACGAUAAUAUCGAAGCGCCACAAACAUUUAUCCAUAAUUUUCAAGUUGAUUGGCGUAUAUUCAAUAUUGUCUUAUGGUCGAAAUGUUAUUGCCGUUAUGAUCAAAAUUACUUUCCCAACCUCUUCGAACGACAAUUAUCGUUUGAAAUCAGUUGUCUACAAGACGAUAUCAAACAUCUGCGUGCAAAAUCUCGACGUCAACCUCCCAUAGACAGUUUCCAUUCGAUUCACUAUACCAACUCGUGGCAUCCACAGAUGCUCGAAACUCACGUGUGA